UCCUGUGUGCGCCUUGAGCAUGGCCUGGGAAAAGCCAGAGACGCGACAUUGCGCUGCGCCCACAGCCGCUGAGCCUCUAACAAACUCGUGCGGGAGGCGCCCGACUCAGGGGCCACAGGCCAGCCAUGUGGUCGCCUGCUGGCGCAUGUCCUCUGCAAGGACAAAGGGUCGCGAAACUUGAGCUCUGGCCCGUAGUGGAAACCCUAGCAAGGGUCGCCAUGGCGACGAAAGCAGGCCCCUCCCGUGCGCUCGCAGGGGGAGCCCGGCAGCAGUGCCAAGUACCAGCGCCGAUGACCCGGCCGCCCCACCCCCCCGGCCGCGGCCGCGGCCGCAGAGCCGGCAAAUGACCCUCUGCAGCUCCUGUAGUCACGUGGCGCUGGGAACCCGGCGGGGGGAGGUUAGGGACGGGCCUGGCUGUUUGAACUCGAACCUGCCGCUGUCGCCGCGGCGGGACGGGGAGCGGGCCGCGGAGGCCGGCCUUGGGCUUCAUGGACGGGCGCCGCGCCCCGGCACGGCCCGCGGGAGAGGUAAGGCUGGCCUCCCUGCGUUCAGAGGUCUGAGCUGUGCCAUGGGGGUAGGGGUGUCUUUAUUGCUGCAGUUUUCUCUAACAUCCGGGGGCUAUCGGAGUGUGGGUCGAAGCAGGCGCUGCAGCCGCCGAAGUAUCCUCGGGAACAUCCCCAGGAAGAGCUGGAGAAAGCCUCAUCCCCAGCUCUGCAGUUUCCAGGCAGAAGAAGAACCCAUGCUGGAACAGCGCUGUCGGGGCUCCAUGGCCAUGGGCCCAGCCCCACCUCGACUCCUUUCUGGGCCAUCCCAGGAGUCACCCCAGACCUUGGAGAAGGAGUCCAGCAGGCUGAGGCACCGCACCACUCUAAUGGUCCAAGCAGGUGGCCCAGCCCCUGGCAAGGGCCAUCGCUGUGUCCACUGUCGAAGGCACUUCUCGACCUGGGUGGCCCUAUGGCUUCACACCCGACAGUGCCAGGCCCGGCUGCCCCUACCCUGUGCUGAAUGUGGGCGACGCUUCCGCCAUGCCCCAUUUUUAGCACUGCACCGCCAGGUUCAUGCCGCUGCCACCUCAGACUUGGGCUUUACCUGCCACCUCUGUGGGCAGAGCUUCCGAGGCUGGGUGGCCCUGGUUCUGCAUCUGCAGGCGCACUCAAUUGCAAAGCGACCUGUUGCUUGCCCUGAAUGUGAGAGACGCUUUUGGCGACAAAAGCAGCUCCAAGCUCAUCUGCGGAGAUGCCACCCCCCUGCCCCUGAGGCCCGGCCCUUCAUCUGUGGCAACUGUGGCAGGAGCUUUGCUCAAUGGGACCAGCUGGUUGCUCACAAGCGGGUGCAUGUGGCUGAGGCAUUGGAGGAGGCAGCAGCCAAGGCUCUGGGCCCCAGGCCCCGAGGGCGCCCAGCAGUGACAGCUCCCAGGCCCGGUGGAGACGCAGUGGACCGGCCCUUCCAGUGUGCCUGCUGCGGCAAGCGCUUCCGCCACAAGCCCAACCUGAUAGCCCACCGCCGAGUACACACAGGCGAGCGGCCACACCAGUGCCCUGAAUGCGGGAAGCGGUUCACCAACAAGCCCUACCUGACCUCGCACCGACGCAUCCACACUGGUGAGAAGCCCUACCCGUGCUCCGAGUGCGGCCGCCGCUUCCGGCACAAACCCAACCUGCUGUCGCACAGCAAGAUCCACAAGCGGUCUGAGGGCUGCACACAGGCUGCCUCGGGUACCAGGACCCCCCAGGUCCCAACCGUGGCUCCGGACCCCACAAUGGAGCCGCGCCCUGAGAAGCUGGCCCCGGAGGCUGCUGUAGAGCCUAUGCCUGAAGUCCCCCUGGAGCUCCCGCAGGACCAGGCGGAGGUGCCCCCGUCCCUGUACAGCUGUGAUGACUGCGGACGCAGCUUCCGCCUGGAGCGCUUCCUUCGCGCGCACCAGCGGCAGCACAGCAGCGAGCGGCCCUUCACCUGCGCAGAGUGCGGGAAAAACUUCGGCAAGAAGACGCACCUGGUGGCACAUUCGCGUGUGCACUCUGGCGAGCGGCCCUUUGCCUGCGAGGAGUGUGGCCGCCGCUUCUCCCAGGGCAGCCACCUAGCGGCCCACCGGCGCGACCACACCCCUGAGCGGCCCUUCGUUUGCCCCGACUGCGGCAAGGCCUUUAGACACAAGCCCUACCUGGCCGCGCACCGGCGCAUCCACACCGGCGAGAAGCCCUAUGUUUGUCCGGAGUGUGGCAAAGCGUUCAGCCAGAAGUCCAACCUGGUGUCCCACCGUCGCAUCCACACUGGCGAGAGGCCCUACGCCUGCCCUGACUGUGACCGCAGCUUCAGCCAGAAGUCCAACCUCAUCACGCAUCGCAAGAGCCACAUCCGUGAUGGUGCCUUCUGCUGUGCCAUCUGCGGCCAGACCUUUGACGAUGAGGAGCGCCUCCUGACCCACCAGAAGAAACACGAUGUCUGAGAGGGGGCAUAGGCCACCUUCACGACAGGAGUGGGGCACUGGCCCUUGGCGCCUGCCUUGGUGCUGGUGGAAGAGGCAGUGGGAAUCCCAGAAAGGAUAGGAGAGGCCAAGUGGGCUGGCCCUGCUAGAGUCAGUCCAGUGGGUAGGGAACCCCUGUCGGAGCUAAAGGACCCAGCGUCCAGCUGGUGUUCCUAAGGUUCCAUCUUGACUGUCCUGUGCUCUGAAAACGUAGCAAUAGCAGCUCCAUCUACCCUUAAAGCCCUGGCUAGAGGAGCCACCAGUGGGAAGGAAGCUGCUCCAUCCUCUGGUGUUAACGCCUUAAUGUCCCAGUCUUCACUAUGAGUUUCUUCAGGUCAUUUUUGGAAGUAGGUGUAGAACAGUCCUUAGUAAAUGAGCACUCACAAAGGGAGGGAAAAUGGAUCAGCUGGACACACUUUGAGAACGCGCUGGCCUCCUUAGGCAUCACAGGGCUUUUUGUCAGCACUUAGGUGAGUCCAGCCUGCUCUUACCUGUCCCCUUCCCUGUUGCCCCUGCAUAAAAUCCCAGACUUGGAGAGGCCCUUGUUAGCAAGUCCACCCCCCUUUCUCCCUGAAGAUCUGGUCUGGCUCUGUCUCCUGCCCCAAUAGUGCUGAGGGCUUUCCUGGCUGUUUUGCCCGAUCUCCUGGUGAUACCCUUCAUGCAGAGCUCACUAUGUUAUGGGAAGGACUGGCCUUUAGGUGCAGCCCAAGGGAAGGUCUGGUGCGUUUCCUUUGCAGCGUUUCAGCGUGUGGAUGGCGGUCUGCCUGAGCACUGAGGCCCUGGGUCUGUCAUAGGAUGAUUCUAAUUGUUAGAAAUUCCUCUUUAUGAUGAUUGACAUCUGCUUUCCUAUCAUUUCUACCUGUUGGGCCUUGUUCUGUCUUCUGGAUCUAAACAGAACAACUGUUUACCCUCCUUUUCAAAUUAGAGAAUAAAGAUUUGGUUUUAGAA